CGCUCUCCCUCUCUGGUAAAAGUAAAGCUUUGUUUUUUAUCUCACAAAAUCUUAGAUCCUGUAGUAGUUUCGAAAGCUUCAUACUGUGUCUUUAUCUCUCUAUGAAGUCUUGGAAUUGCGCAAAUGGGCAAUUGGAGACAUCGUCCCCCUCGUAGAAUCUACCGUCAAGAAAAGCUUCCAAGCGUAUACCCACUACCAUAUCACCCCGAACCUCCUCCCCCUUCAGGGUUUUGUAAGGAUGGUAUACCUUAUUGGGAAAAGCAAUUCUGCACUUUGGUGGGGUCCAUGCCAUGGUGGAAGGUAGUAGAUGCCAAGAGGUAUAUGUAUGGAAAUAGUAAUGUACUCAAUUGGAACGACUCAGCUGGUGAGGAGGCAUUUCAAAAUGCAAAACAGCGCUUUUGGGCAGACAUCAAUGGCCUCUCCUGUGACAUCUCUCUGCCUGAUCCAAGUAUUUAUAUUGAUGAAAUAGAUUGGUACCCUAUUAUUGAUCCCGAACUCAUUAAGGAAGUGGAUUGUGAGUACUUUGCUCCUGAUGAGGAAGAAGGGAAUGGCAAGUUCGGGCGAAGAAACAAGAAUACAAAAUAUUCAGCUUUUGUUCCUCCGGAUGGACAUAACAGGGUCCCAAAUAACAGCAGAAAUCCUUGGGAAUGUGACAACAUUCAGGGUAGUGGAGAUUUGAAAAACACAGUUCAGGGCAGGAACCAGUGGAAUACCAAUGGUGACAACCCUUGGGAAAGUGGAAGUACUCAGGGCAAUGGAAGUAUGGAGAAGAAUGCAUGGGAAGAUAGCAGGGAUAAGUCAUGGGGAUGGAACCAGAUGGGAGAUAAUAUCUCUCUGUCAAAGGGUUGGGAUAAUGAUGUUAAUCCUUGGGAAGGUGACUGUCAGGGUGUUGCGUCUGUGGAAGGUAAUAGAUGGGGUGAUCCAAUAUGUAAGUCUUGGGGCUACAACCAGCAGGAGUCAAAGAAUGUGGAUCAUAGUGAGAAUCGUUGGGAGGGCGGUCCUAGUCAAAACAAUAAAUCUCUAAAAGAUCAAGGGUGGAGAGAUCGUGGAGGAGAUGAGUGGGGUUGGAAACAAUGGGGGAGCCAGAAUAACCAGAAAAAUAAUUUGGAUUUUAGGAUAGUAAACAGUGGUUCUGGAGCUAGGAACCAGGGUGGCCAUAAGAGGGAACGCCCUCACGAGUAUAUAUCAGGCUAUAAAAGCUCAAGAUUUCAAGGGAGUGAUUAUCAAACAGGUAAUUGCUGGAGUAGGGGAAAUAAUAGAAAGAGGGUCAGUUUUGCUCGAGUGUGAUAGAGAAUGGGGCAUUGGUAUACGUAAUGGGCUCAAAACCGUCUAUCCUUGGAGUCAAUAGAAAGCAGAUUUGCAGGCAUGAUCUAUAUAUCAUAUCAUUUCUGUUAUCUAUCUCCUAUAGGCAGUGUGUAAUUUUGUUCUUCCAGAGUGCAAUUUGAUUGAUAUAGUUUGGGGGCCUUUAAUUUUAAUGGACACUCAACAUUUGCGGCAUUUAUCAUUAUAGAAUUACUUGAACUGAA